AUGGCAUGGCAGCUCCAGGAGCAGGAAGAGGCCCGGCGUCUGUGUAUGUUAAAGCAGCAACAGCAAGAGCAAGAAGAAGAGACUCGGUAUCUACGUGUAGGAUUACGUCAGCAUGGAGCUCCUCGCUGGGAAGACGUGCGGACGGACACGAGCUUCGUGGAGCGUAGUCGUCGUCGUAAACCUGGUGCUAUGAAGGCUCAAGAGCGAUAUCUGCGACGUGACGUACACUGUGGCGUCGCUUCUUGUUCAUCUUGUCACUCUGCACGUGCUUUGUUACCUGUUCAAGCGCUACCAAGAGUGAACGAUGGAGAAUACGUCGUACCCGAUGCUUUUAGUUUACUACAGUGCAUGGAGCUACUGGAGGAGGAAACGCUUUUCUCCAAAGCGGUAUCACGUCUCUUGGUAUUAGAGAGUGUACUACAAUCUGCUCUAAGACAAGGAUCAAGUCGUGAUGCUACAAGGCUUAGAAAAUUCUUUCGAGAUGGAGAUCAACGGACAAACAGAGCUGUGAAGUUGUAUCUUUUUCCAGAUCAACAUCAUGUGGACACUUUUGUGGAGCCAACGACUUUGGAAGAAUUGCAGACGAUGAGAGAUGAUCGAGCGUUGCUGAAGACAGUAGAGUGGUAUGUGACUCAGACACAUUUUCCAUCGAGUGCACAGGUGGUGUUCAUGACGAGAGAUGUAAGUUCUCUCGUGAGUUUGCAACUUGCUGCUUCGGUAAAUGUACGGGCAGUUACUUGUGAGAUGUUUUUAGAUGAAAAACUGUCGAAGUGCUCGGCCAAUGCGGCCUUCCUCUUGGAGCUGGCUGCAAACACGGCCGAGGCGAUACGCCACGACGAGGCGCAGCGACUGCCAGACAAAAGCGCCAAGAUGGCUAUCUCCCAAGCUGAGUUUGCACCUCACUUGAAACGUGCCCAACUUAAUGAGCUGUUGGCACAGUCUUUUUCACAAGUAGUGGCGGGAAAACUUGAAGUGAGCAGUCAUAAUCCGGUGGAAGCGUAUGUCCUGGUGGAGAAGCCGCAUGCGAUCGAGAAAGUUUUUGUGUUUGGACGAGCUGCGAUGAAUCGCGGUGUUCACGGAGAUCGUGUGGCUGUAAAAAUGCUUCCCAAGGCACAUUGGCGCGCUCCACAGAGUAAUUGGUUGUUGGUGCAUUAUACGCAAGACGAAAUUGAGCAUGAAUCGGAGAUUGUCGAGUCAGAAAAUGAUAAACAAGAGCCCGGAGCGAUCCCGACGGGCCGAAUAGUAGGAAUUCUAAGCCGAUCGUUGAGAUAUCAUGUGGCAACUAUAAAUGCCUUAACUGUAAAUGUAGGAGACGACUAUGCGUUGGCUGUGCCGAUGGACCGGCGGCUGCCUAAGAUCCGUUUGCGCUCGCAACGACUCGAUGCGCUACUAGACAAGCGCCUCAAAAUUGUGAUUGACAGCUGGGCUAGUGACAGCUUAUAUCCAAACGGACACUACGUUGGAAUCCUGGGUGCGUCUGGAAUUUUGCAGACAGAGCUUAGUGCACUGCUUGUGGAUAACGAGGUGGAGGAGGCACCAUUUAGUGAAGCAGCAUUAGCGUGUCUGCCGUCAAGUGACGAGUGCCCUAUUGACAUUGAAGGUAGUUGCGUGGCUGAGUGUUCGACAGCAAAACGACCGCCUCAAUGCGAGCUAUUAAACUGGCAAGUUUCUGCUGAGGAGGUUUCACGGCGUCGGGACCUGCGUAAAACACACCGCGUCUUCAGCGUUGACCCACGCGGUUGUCAGGAUAUUGAUGAUGCAAUGUCAAUUCAACGCUUACCCAAUGGCAAUAUAGAGCUCGGAGUGCAUAUUGCGGACGUUUCCUACUUCGUUGAGCACGGUUCGGCAUUGGACCUAGAAGGCAGACGCCGCGGCACGACAGUGUAUUUGGUCGGACAGCGGCUAGAUAUGCUCCCUAGUGUGCUUAGCACAGAUCUGUGCUCGCUUCACGAGAACCGAGAUCGUCUUGCAGUGAGUAUUGUAUGGGAGCUAGAUGGUGAGACGUACACUAUUGUGGAGAAUUCAACGUGGUUUGGGCGUACCGUCAUCCGCAGUUGCUCCUCAAUGACAUACGAGCAAGCCCAUCGCUUACUUCAGGGUGCAAAUGCUGAUGUCGAUGACGCACCGCGAUGUGGUUCAUUUAGGAAAAAAUCUCCGCUUGUUCAUCGCGCUGAAGGUAUAGCAGGAGGUCGUAUACCCUUAACACUCCAAAAGCAUCUGCGAGGGGACCUUCGCAUUCUCACUAAUAUUGGCCGUCGGCUUAGCCAUAUGCGUGGCUCACAAGGCGGGUUGGAUUUGUCCAAACAGGAGGAGGUUCAAUUCUCCCUUAACGUAUCAGCGUCAGGCCAAGGAGACGUGGAGAUCACGGUCAAAGAGAGUUUGGAAAUCCACAGCACAAUUGCCGAAUUGAUGAUUUUCGCAAACACGACUGUAGCUCGUAAGAUUGUAAAGCGGAUUCCGACCCACGCAUUAUUGCGUAGGCAUCCACCGCCGUCUGGAGACCGCUUCACACAGCUUGUUCAGCUUGCUAAAGCACGCGACGUAGUCAUUGAUGCUACGAACAAUUUCACUUUGCAGCAGUCACUCGCAGCGGCGGAACGCUCAGGACGCAUGGACACCAAAACAAUGUCAUUAUUGAAGUCUCUCGCAGUGCGUGUGAUGACGGAGGCUGAAUAUGUGAGCUCCGGGGCAGUAGCAGCUGGCGAUGCAGCAACGGCGAACGGCGACAUCACACGGUUUGCACACUAUGGUCUUGGACUGCAAUACUACACACAUUUUACGUCGCCUAUCCGUCGUUAUGCCGACAUCAUCGUGCAUCGGCAGCUGUUAGCGUCGAUUGCAGCUCCACGUUCUCCUCAUAACACGCCACCUGAGCGGUCUGCUACUAGAAGUUUGGCCCCGUUAGUGCUACCUCAUACCCUCGCCCCCUCCGUGCUGGAAUACAAAGAGGACGAGGACUUCCUCGAUGAUCUCAUUUCGUCGGUCGACAGCCAACUCCAAGUAACAAUCGUUCCGUCAGAUCAAGAUAAAGUAAUUGGCACUGCACGUGACGAUGCGAUCACAAAUGCAGAUAACUUUUUUCCGCCAGAGGAGUUGGCACCACUUGCUCGCCAUCUCAACAAGAAAAAUCGACAGGCAAAGCUUGCAGCGCAUGCCUGCGAUGCGCUCUUUUUGGCCCUUUAUUUCAGCAGUCACACAGCAAAAUGUAUCUGCGCGACAAGAGCGGCUUCGUGCAAAUGGACCCCCCUGUUGCUUGACGUACCUGAUGUGGACACUGAACCGGCUACUGGAGCAUUUGCAGGAGCUGAAUGCAUUCGAAGAAUUCCUCAGGCGUACCUUGUAUGGGACAACAGUGAACGUGGGGCCCUUGAAGUUAUUGCUCCUGGUGAUAAACGCACUGUAUUUCACAUUCUGGACGAGGUGGAAGUUCAAGUGUCAUGCGACCUCGCCGCUUGUAAUGCUCGAGUGCCACAGCUCCAGUUGCUCCUCGUUGGGCGAACACAUGUCAAGCAAAAACAACACGUUGCAUCAUCGCUGUCAGAGCUGCAACGCGUUGUUCAAACAAAAAGUGAGGCUGAUCGCGUCUCGAGCUUUGCGGUGAAAGUUCCACUGCCAGCGUCUAGCACCGCUAGUAAGACGUUUUUGUCGCAGAAUUUGUACCAGCUCCUGGUAGAUACGCCGGAACUUUCUCCACCUGCCAAGUCUUUUGCCCGCCGAAAGCCGAUAUCGAAAGAGGAGGAAGACAAAAGGAGGAAAAGUUCUGGGGUCAAACAUCAAGGUCCUGGGCGUCUGGUUUUCGGAAAAUUUUCAACAAACUCGCGUCGCCAUUAUCAACAUAAGCUCGCACAAUAUAUGGACGAGCGCACAGAGGCGCGUGAAGAGGAGCUCAAGAUUCAGCGCAUAGCUAACGGUUCCUCUGCAAUGAUGACCUCGGCGCAAGAAGCUCGACGUGCAGAGCGUGAAGCACUCGUCCGCACGCAAAAGUUAGCUGCUGAGAAGAGACACGACCGAAUUAAUCGGCGCAGUAAGGCCAGCAAGUAA